AUGGACUCUGCAAAGUCGAAACAACCCAGCCCUCUCCGCCAAUUACUCUCCUUGCUCACCGAGAACGUCGAGCGCCUAGAAUGUAUCGCGGCCGCUGCCGCUGCCCCAAUUCCUGACCUCCACACACCGUUCAGCCUCGAGUCAGAAGCAUUCAGAGCCAUCCCAGAAGCCGCCGAAGCUGCGAGGAUCGUCAGCGCUGCCGCACUCCAUCUUGACGCAAUCCUUGCACCCCCUCAAAUUUCGAUUUUCCGUGUUGUUGACGGGCACUUCAAGUCGGCCGCGUUGCGCAUCUGUUUGGAGUCAGGUGUAACCGAGAUCUUGCGUGAAGCUGGCCCUGAGGGUCUCAGCACUUCCGAAAUAGCCGCGAAGAAUGGACAGGACGCAGACAAACUCGCACGUUUCUUACGCUACCUUGCAACGCACCACGUUUAUCGCGAAGUCUCUCCCAAUGUAUUCGCCAAUACGCGGCUCUCAAGUAUGCUGGACACCGGAAAAUCGAGCGAAGAGAUCCUCAAGAGUCCUGACACCAAGUACGAAGCAACUUCGGGCCUCGCCGCGGUUGCAGCUCACCAUCUUGACGAAGUUUUCAAAGCAUCCGCCAAUGCCUGGGAGACACUUUGCGACGGCGAUCCCGCUGAAGGCGACCCGAGUCUGUCGCCGUUUGCACGCGCUAUGAAGCUCGAACGGGGCGAGACAAUGUGGGCCUACUUUGCCAAACCCGAAGUUCAAACGAAGGCGCGUCGUUUCGACAUUGCGAUGCAGGGUAUCUUGGGCUUCCAGCCCCCGAAUGCGAUUGUCAACUCUUACGACUGGGCUGCACUUCCGCAAGGAGCUGUUGUUGUUGACGUCGGCGGAGGCGUUGGGACAACAUGCUUUGCUCUGGCGGAGCGCUUUCCCAACUUGAAACUCGUUCUGCAAGAUCAAGAGGCCGUUCUUGGGCAUGCGAAAAAGAUGUGGGAGGAGCGAAUGCCUGACGCGCUGACUUCCGGCCGUGUACAGCUCCAACUCCACAACUUCUUCUCCGAGCAGCCUCAAAUAUCCGCCUCCGUGUUUGUUAUCAAACACGCAUCUUUGGACUGGGCCGACAAGUACGCCAAAGAGAUCUUUUCACGGCUUUGGGACGCCGCAACGCCAGACACCACGCUCCUGGUGCUUGACAUCGUCAUGCCAUUAGCAUGUCGGGAAAACGCAGAGACGUCGACGACCAGCCACAUCCCCGGCGCGGCGCUGCCGGAAGCACCGGAGCCAUUAUUACCAAACUACGGCGGGGCGAAUGAUAUGGCAUACAACGUCGACUUCGCGAUGUUCUUACUUACGAACUCGCAAACACGAACUGCGGCACAUUUCAUGGGAUUGCUCGCCAGCGUCGGUUGGAAAGUGGUCAGAAUACACGGUCAGGGAGGGGACAGCGCGUAUAUCAAGAGCGUCGAGGCUAAGAAGGUGGCCAAUCUGAACUAG